AUGGAUAGCCGGAACCACAUUUCCGACACGCUUUGUGGUUGCCUGAUUAGUAAAGGGCACCGCAAUUCGCAUAAGAGGAGAGAAAAAUGGAAGAGUGGUAGUAUACAUUUAAACAAUUCGUUGAUCUUGCUUCCCCUGUUGUUCUUGAGUGCAUUGAUCUCACCGGUUAGCGGUGAGACUUGGGACGGCGUUAUAGUCACAGCAGCCGACUACCAAUCCCUGCAGGCGUUCAAGCACGAGCUGGAUGACCCUAAGGGGUUUCUGAAGAGCUGGAACGACAGCGGCUACGGUGCCUGCUCCGGCGGCUGGGCUGGGAUCAAGUGUGCUCAAGGGCAGGUCAUUGUGAUUCAGCUUCCUUGGAAGGGCUUAGGUGGCAGAAUCACUGGGAAGAUUGGACAGCUUCAAGGGUUGAGGAAGCUUAGCCUCCAUGAUAAUCACAUUGGGGGGUCAAUUCCUGCUUCAUUGGGCUUGCUUCCAAGCCUUAGAGGUGUGCAGUUGUUUAAUAAUAUGCUUUCAGGUUCAAUCCCACCUUCAUUGGGUUUUAGUCCUCUGCUUCAGAACCUAGACCUUACUAAUAACUCUCUCACUGGGUCAAUCCCUGAUAGUCUUGCUAACUCUACCAAGCUUUAUAGGGUUGCUUUGAGCUUCAAUUCGUUAUCUGGGUCUUUCCCUAUUAGUCUUACUCACUCACCUUCCCUGACUUUCCUUUUGAUUAGUCACAAUAAUCUAUCAGGAAACAUACCAAAUGAAAUUGGGUCUCUUUCGAAUCUUAGGAUACUAGAUUUGUCUAGCAAUGCCAUCCAUGGAAGCUUGCCUGCUAGUAUUGGUGCAUUGCAAAACCUCUCUAUUCUCAACUUGAGCAGUAACCAAAUUCAGGGUCCAAUCCCAACCACUCUGGGAAACAUUUCCACUCUUGCACAGCUUGACUUGUCACUAAACAAUCUCAGUGGUGCAAUUCCGGCUGCUCUAGCUGAUCUUCCGCAUCUUGGUUUCCUUAAUGUCUCUUACAACAACCUCACUGGUUCUGUCCCAACUCUUCUCUCCCAGAAGUUCAACGAAAGCUCUUUCGUUGGGAACAUGCAGCUAUGUGGGUACAGUGCUUUAACCACAUGCCCUUCUGAAGCACCUUCCCAAAGUGUAGCUCCAGCACCUGAGGUAGCAAAACGUCGUCGACGCAGACUUAGCACCAAAGACAGAAUUCUCAUUGCAGCAGCAGUACUUCUAGUAGUUUUAUUUUUACUCUGUUGCAUACUGCUUUGCUGUUUGAUCAGAAAAAGAGCUGCAUCCAAAUCAAAGGAUGGCGGGGGAGCUGGCGCCGGUGCUGCUAGAACCGAAAAGGGCAUUGCAGCUGGUGGGGGUGAAAUUGAGUCUGGUGGAGAGGCUGGAGGAAAACUAGUCCAUUUUGAUGGGCCGAUGGCAUUUACAGCAGAUGAUCUUUUGUGUGCAACAGCAGAGAUUAUGGGGAAAAGCACCUUUGGGACAGUCUACAAGGCCACACUGGAGGAUGGGAGUGAAGUUGCAGUGAAGAGAUUGAGAGAAAAGAUUACUAAGAAUCAAAGAGAAUUCGAAACAGAAGUGAAUAUCAUUGGGAAAAUCAGACAUCCAAACCUCUUGGCUUUGAGGGCUUAUUACUUGGGACCUAAAGGAGAAAAGCUUCUGGUUUUCGACUAUAUGCCUAAAGGAAGUCUGGCUGCAUUUCUCCAUGCUCGCGGACCUGAUACACCUAUCGAUUGGCCUACAAGAAUGAGAAUUGCAAAGGGCAUGGCACGAGGCUUGUCCUAUCUCCACGCCAAUGAGAACAUCAUACAUGGGAACCUUACAUCUAGCAAUGUUCUACUUGAUGAGCAAACUGAUUCUAAGAUUGCAGAUUAUGGUCUGUCUAAGCUUAUGACGGCUGCUGCCAAUUCAAAUGUGAUUGCAACAGCUGGGGCACUAGGGUACCGAGCACCCGAGCUCUCAAAGCUGAAGAAGGCCAACACGAAAACUGAUGUGUACAGCCUUGGUGUGAUCAUAUUGGAACUCCUAACAGGAAAGUCUCCCGGAGAGCCAAUGAAUGGUUUCGAUUUGCCUCAGUGGGUUGCCUCCAUUGUCAAAGAGGAGUGGACGAAUGAAGUUUUUGACCUGGAAUUGAUGAGGGACGCGUCUGUCAUCGGGGAUGAGUUGCUAAACACAUUGAAACUGGCUUUGCAUUGUGUUGAUCCUUCCCCAUCAGCAAGGCCAGAAGUACAACAGGUUCUGCAGCAACUCGAAGAAAUUAGACCCGAAACAGCUGCCAGUUCAGCUGAUGAUGGAGCUGCAGAAGCGUCAAUCCCUUCAACAACAAGCGAAUGA